GGUCCCCCCGGGCCGGUGGCGGCGGCGACAAUGGCGGCGCGGGGCCGGUGCCCCGGCUGCGGCUCGGCCGCGCUGGUGGAGGACGCGCACUACGCGCAGCAGCAGCUGGUCUGCGCCGCCUGCGGCUGCGUCCUGGCCGAGGGGCUCCUCACCACCACCUACGCCGAGGAGGAGCACCUGCGAGAGGUGGCGUAUUCCCAGAGCACUGGCCAGAAAGAGCAGCUGAGCCGCUGCCUGCAGCGAGGGAUCAGGCGGGUCCAGGAUCUCUGUAAAGUCCUCCAGCUCCCGAGGGUGUUCGAGGAAACGGCCGUGUCGUACUUCCAGAGAGCUCUGCAGCACCCCUCCUUCCACCUGGUCAGCCUGGAGAAGAAGGAGCUCCUGGGGGGCUGCUGCGUCUUCGUGACUUGUCGACAGCACAACUGGCCUGUGACGAUGGGGACGAUCUGCUCCCUCCUGUACGCGAAGCAGGAGCUGUUCGCCAGCGUCUACCUGAGCCUUCAGAAAGAGCUUGAGCUCUCUGUGCCGGCCCUGAGCCUGGCGGAUCUGGUGAAGACACACCUGAACAGUUUUCAGCUGUUCCAGCAGACAGCCGACGUCCCUGCCCGCUUUGUGGAGGAUAAGGAGAAGAUGGUCGCCCGAACGAUGCAGAUCGUGGAGCUGGCCAGUGAGACAUGGCUGGUCACCGGCCGGCACCCUGUUCCCAUCGUCACGGCGGCGGCUUUCCUGUCGUGGCAGUCGCUGCAGCCCGCCGCCCGCCUCACCUGCACCUUGGCGCGGUUCUGCAAACUGGCGGGUGUGGAUCUGCCGCCACCAGCACACCUGAGGCUGAAGGAGCUUCUCGAGAUCCUCCUCAGAAUGGCCUCCCAGCUCGCCUGGCUGAGGGUGUUUAACGUGGACAAGAAAACUGUGGUCAAAUACAUCGGGGACCUGCUGCAACACCGAAUUUUCCUGCUGAAAAAUGCCUUCUGCCUGGAGGACGGGGAGGAGCAGCGUGCUGCGGCCCUGGGCGAGGGCCCCCCAGGCGAGGGCUCUCCCGGCUCUCCUCCGGCGGCAGGAGGGGCAGCGCAGGAGGAGGGCUGUCCCUCCGAAGGGAAACGCCAGCGUGAGGACGGCCCGAGGCCCCUGCUGCCGCCCUGCCUUAUCAAUCCCAGGAAGAGACUGCGGACGGCAGCCCCGAGCCCUUCGGCCUCUGCCAUCACCGGCGACGAGCCCAUCUCCGACAGCGAAAUCGAGCAGUACCUGCGGGGCCCGGAGGAGAUCCGGGCUUUCAGGAAGGCCAAGGCCUGGCCGUGAGGAUGGUCGCCUCCGGCAUGGUCCGGAGGAUGGUGCUGCCAGAGACACUGGGGCAGCAGGGACUGUGGGACCAAAAGCAAGAAACCUGAUGGUGACAGAGCCAUCGCGCGCUGCAGGGACAGUGGCCCACGGGAGCAGGGUUGUGGGGAAGGAGCGGGCUGUGUCCCGUUUCAUGUUCUGGACCAAAACGGGGCUUUUUAUGGAGUAACUGUUUUGGGUUACGUUCUGUUUCUGUUAGAAAUAAAGAGAAGGGCAGGCGCCGGCACUGUUUUCUGGGUUCUCUCUCAAUGCAGCCUCUGGUAAAAGGUGUUUUGGUGCAUCCCAGUCCUGCGGGGCCGUGCCAUGAGCGAUUCUGGUGAGUCUGUGGACUUAC